GUGGCGACAUACGUACAUACGAAAGUACAUACGUACGUACAUGCUUCCGACAUGUUUUUUUAUUUGCUUUUUAGACUCAGGGGGACUCAAAACGUCGAAAAAAGUGAAAUCUGAAAAAAUUUUUUUUCACGAUCCUAUAACUUUAUCUAUUAUACUCAUACUACGUAUGUAGUACGAUCAAGUAAAAAUGUAAAAAAAAUAUUCGUGGUAUUUUAUUCCGUUCAGUCACAACAGAAUGUUGGUGACUCUUUUGUUUACUAUUAUCGUUAUCUUAUCUCCUCGGCGCGACGAUGCACAUCUGUGUUUAUGGCUUUCUCAUCACAACUGCUUUUCUUUAUUUAUCGUUGGUAGCUACAAAGAUAUUCAGAAAACAACAAGAAAAACCGACAGACUCCAUUCGCGAAGAACUCAAAAAGCUGCAAAUUGCUAUUGCCAACCUAAGACCAAAAGAGGAUGCCCCUAAAGUUAAAGAACAUCCCAAAAUUGAACCCGAAGCCAAAGAACUACCCGAUGAGGUUAAACUUGACCACGAAGCAGUUUUGCAGUUAUCAACUCAUCAGCUUAGGCAGCUAAGAAACAAAAUAGAUGAAAUUCUUCGGAUUCAGGAGGGAUCUGCUAAGCAUUCUGACAUUCCUCAGAUCAGCUCAAAAGCACUACUUACACCAAUAAUAGAUACAAAGAAGGCCCAUAUCAAAGAAGAUCCAUAUCCGUCAUGGUACAAAGGAUAUAAAUCGGAACCAUGCCCACCAAUUUUCGAUUCUCCGGAGCAUUCGCCAUUUUCGUCACCACUAUCAUCUCGACCUAAUGAAUUGAAACACAUGGGAGAUAAUGACAUUCCUCCAAAUUUCUCUAGCGAUGGACCUUCUUCGUUUCUGGACAGAUCACCAAUAAACAAGGAUAUUAGGAGUCCAUAUUUUCAAAAUGAUAGAUCUGUUGCAGAAUUUAAUUAUGGACCAGAAGGUCCAGAUAGAUAUAUUCCUCAGCAACCAGAUUACUAUCUCCCGCCAGUCAAUUAUAAUGGUAUGGAUGUUCCUCCUUAUAAUGUUCCUCCUUAUAAUGUUCCUCCUUAUAAUGAGAUGUACUACGGACAAUCAGGAAUCAACCGGCUCGAACAAGAAAUACAGGAAUUAAAAGCUCUUAUUAGUUCGGCAAACAAAGACAAGACACCAAAACCAGCCUAUUCUCCGGAAAUACAAUCUCAUCCCAAAAGGUACAAACGAUCGUUAGAUGAACCAGGACCAGUUAGACAAGACGGAUCACCUGAUGUAUCAAGUAGGUCCUCUGAUGUGCAACUAUUUGAUGAUGUAACCUCCAAGUUAAGAGAAUACUUUCUAGAAGAAGACAGCAAAGGAAGAACUGCUGCGGACACAAGACAAACAGGAUUUAACGAGAUUACAGACAGACUGAACCAUCUCAAAUCCCAGUUAGAAGACGCUGUGCAUCGACCAAAUGAAGCAUAUUAUCAAGAACCAUCCUAUCGUUAUCCAACACUCCCCAAAAAGAUAUACGCACCAAUAUUCCCAGUAAUUAAAAAAGACGAUAUUCUCUCUAAUAUUAUAGUUAAAAUUAUAGAGAAAGGAUUAGCAAUUUUACCUCAAAUUUUAGGCAAACUCUUUGGUAUGGGUGUUUACACAUUAUUCGAUAGUGUUGACAAUUAUAAGUAUGACAAUUCGUAUGGAACGUCAUACGAUAGUAAUUACAAAAAAGGCUAUAGCUAUGAUCACAAAAAGGGUUACGGAAGUAAAUACAACCAAGGUUAUGGAGUUUCAUAUAAUACAGACAACGAUCUCAUGGCAAUAUUUUAUAAAUUAGGGGUUUUCGGGUAUAUUCCUAUAAUAUGUUUAAAUAUUAUUAAAGUAAUAACAGUGAUUUGUAAACUUAUAAGAAAAAACAAAAUAUUCACUAACUUUAUAGUACCUACUAUGAUUUUGCUCUUAGUAGCAGGAUCUAUUAUAUUCUUGACGUGGUGGCUACAGCCAGAUAAGGAGUUGUUUGAGGAAAAAUUGAUUGGAUUGGAUCAUUCAAGAAGUCGUACGGUCGACCCAAGCUCCCAAUACAAUUAUAAUUAUUAUGGAACACCUAAAAGUUCUACCACUGGUUACUAUAACAAUUAUAAUCAACGCAUUCCCUAUCCUUUAACAUAUUACAGGAAUCCUUAUAAUUAUUAUAACUAUGGAGGUACUAAUAGGGGAGCAAAUACUCCAAGUAGAAGCUUGCCAAUGGUAUAUUUUAGAAGUUAUUUUGAGGAUGGUUCAAGAAAAGUUUAAAUAAGUUUGUAUUAUAUAUUUGUAAAUAUAGGAUAACUAAAAUAA